GUUCUUAACUCGGAAAGCAAAAGCCCUAAACCCAUCCACCCUGGUCAGAACUUAAAAUUUUCUUUUAAAAAAAUGCUGUAUUUAUUUCCAGACAGUGCUUGAACGAGUUAAAAAUUGUGUUGAUUUUCUUCAGUAGAUGUUCAGUUCCUAAUUUAUAUCUUUGAAAUUUCUUCCAAUGGCUAUUGAAGGAAUAAAAAAAUCUCAAGCUUCAGCGUCUCAACCCCCGCGCAAAAUCAACGUGCAAAAAUUCGCAGAAUCCAGGGCCACCGAGCUUGAGACGCUUCACUCAACUAUAUCAACUCGACUCAACAACGAUUUCCGGUCUCGUAGAAACAAGAGAAGGAGGACCACCGCAUUCGACAAUCAAGUCGCCAAGAAGAGAUACAGAAAGAGGUUGAGAUUAAUCAAGGUUGAUAAAAGUAAUGUUUCGGGCUUAGAGACGGAGCAGAAGAAGAACAAAUCUCCCCUUCCACGUCGCGUUCGUCGGAGAUUGGAGCUUAAAAAGAAUCCAGGAAGCGGUUUUGUUACUUCAGGGGAUGGUACCAAGAGGUUGAGAACGCAUGUUUGGCACGCGAAGCGGUUUACAAUGACGAAACGAUGGGGAUUUUACCUUCCUUUAGGAUUGCAGGGCAGAGGAAGGGGAUCGAGGGCAGUGUUGAGGUGGUUCAAACAGGGAGUGCUUGUUCAUGAUGCGAGCUAUAAUGUUGCUGUUCAACUGGAAGGACCAGAGGAUUCUUUAAUGGCAGUAUUACAGAUGGUUCUAGUGCCUUCUCCGCCAGUUCAAUCUGAAGGUGUUUCUGAUUCUGUUCUUUCCGGUAUUACUUAUGGAACUGCUAUGCUUCAUCAUGUUGGAGCACCUUCUUCACAGCCAAUUGCGCCUGUGACUUAUAUGUGGCGUCCUCACCAGGAGAGUAAAGAAGAUGACAAUGAUAAUUACCUUGAUGUUGUUGAAUGUAAUGAUCCAUGUAGAAAUGGCUAUCAUUCUUGCUUUCGCCAACUUUGGCUUUGGAUUCAUGCCUCAGGUUUUAGUGAGGGAUAUUAUGCUCUAAACUGUGCUUGUCAAAAACAGAUGAUUGAGAGAGGUAUCACUAUUAAUUGUUUUUCACGUGAGGGUCAACUUGCAAAAUUGGAAUUAAAUGGGUCCAAGGCAUUUCAGCUUCUUCAGAAGACUGUUCAUCCUGUCUCUUGCAUUGUGGAGAAUUGUUGGCAACUGCAAAAGUGUUCAAUUGCAAAGGACGGUGAUGACUUUCACAAUAAGAACUCUUUUAAACUUGUAAAUGAGGAACAUGUUUCUUCUUGUGCAAUUUUAUCAUUUUCCAUCAAGGAUCCUCGUGUAUUGCCUUCUAAAAGGGCCACAGAUUUUGCUGAGCCAGAUUCUGUCCUUGAUAUGCAAGAAGUUGAAGUUAAUGACUGUGUUAACUUAACUGGAUAUUUAGAUAAGAAUGAGGAGGUAGCCUCACCCUCACGUUCAAAACCUGAAGGAAAUGGAAUUUUAUCGUACAACAAAAAUUUGUGGGAUGCUAGCUGUGGAAUAGACCCCCCAGAGGAAGAACAUGAACUUUGUAUGGAAAAGCAUCAGCAACUAAUGGGAUUUUUUUGCCUUGAUGAUCCAAAAUCAGGAUCCACAAAGACUUCAAACAAUGUGCAGAGCUCGCGUUCUUGCCCUAUUUUGCUUCUAAAAAAUAAUAAUGAAAAGGGCUCUCCUAUGGGAUGGUCUGUUAUACUACCUAUAAAUUGGGCUAAGGUCUUCUGGCUUUUUCUUGUCUCAAAAGGGGCUUAUGCAAUUGGGCUGAGAGAGAAACACUGGGUUGCAUGUGAAAUUGGACUGCCUUAUUUUCCUUCAGAUUUCCCUGACUGCAAUGCAUAUUUAUCCCUGAAGGAAAUUGAAGCCGCUGCCUCUAGGCAAGAUGCAGAGCAGCGUCCUCCUGCUAUAAGACCUUUUAGAAUUCCCAUUCCACCACCUUGGAAUGUUGUCCAUGCUGCUUUUGACAAACUAUCCCUGAGGGUGAAAGAAGCUGAAAUUUCGGGUGGAGAAAACAUGGUUGGGAAAAACUCAAUGACUAAUUCAAGUUGUGAAAGAAGUGAUGUAACAUCAUUCAAGUGCCUUAAUUCAUUUGAAGGCACUGUAGCUAGGACAUCCAAUAUGCUGACUGACUUCUUGAAUGGCAUUCAUGGUGAACAUUUGCUUUUAUUUCCUCAAUUUCAAAAUAGCAAGUCAAGUCUCGUUAAGGUUAUGAAGGAUAAAAGCAUGAUGGGAAAAGGCCAAAAUGAGAUCAGUCAAAUUAGCUACAGCCACAAGUUAUGUUUUGUAAGGGUUCAUCUUCAAGCGUACAAGGAGGGUGUUUUUGAAGAUGGAUCUGUUAUAUGUGCAGCUUGUCUCACUGAUAUAUCAUCAUGGACUUCCAGAACAGGUAGCAUUGAAGGCGGACUUGAAAUGCCUAAUUCCGCUGUGGGGUCAUAUUUUAAAGAACAAUCUUCUGGUAAGUGGGAACUCCUGGUACCAGAGGACCCCGCUUCUAGAGAAUAUCAUCGAUGGCCACUUGGUUUUGUCACUACUGGAUUUGUUGGAGGGAGCAAAAAGCCAAUGGCAAAUGCUUUGUGUGAAGCUGUGUUGCUAGCUUAUCUGAGAGAGGAGCAGUGGAAGGAGAUGCCAGUGAAUCGAAGGAGGAAGGAGAUAUAUGUCCUUGUUAGAAACCUUAGAUCUUCGGCAUAUAGACUUGCUCUUGCUACCAUUGUCCUGGAACAACAGGAAGAAGAUGUGAUAUUCUUGUGAAAUUCUGCCUACCUCUGGUUCACCGGUACAUUACUGGGAAAAUCAGUUUGGGAGAGCAUAUAUAUUAGUUAUUUUCCUACAAAUCAGGAUUUGUGGGAGAAAA